GCUACGGCAGUACCUCCGCCUUGCUCCACUGUCAGACGUCGUCUCGUCAAUCCAUCAGUCCUGCCGGCCGUGGUUCUGAGUCCAAUCCAGCUUAUUUUGCCUCAGAAACCGAUUGGACGUCUCAUUCCAGUCCACUAAGCGUGACUUCGCGCUCUUCCCAGUGAGUAGUAUCGCGCACCGUCGUGACGAUUAACUUACCGCGACCGGCGCGUUGGUCACCAACGGCAGGGGAAGCCGUCGACGCGUCGGACGGGCUCCGCGACUGAUGGUCUAGCUUCCGAAUUUCGUGCCUUCCGGACUCCCGUCACGACGCGAGAAAGAAAAAAGUAAAUGCACGAGCAAUCUCAGAACGCGCGGCUCCGAAAACCCGUUUUCUGUGGCGUCCAGCAAAGGUGCUCAAGAAUUUUUAGAAGAUUUUAAAGCCUUCCUUUAAGGAGCUCAGUACAGGAAAAAGUUUGCGCACAUUGCGCGGGGAUGGGGGAAGAAGACCACCGUGGGGCGGCGGAGGCGGAAGCGCUGAAGGGCUCCGCCGCCGCCCAUCCCCCCGAGGGCGUUUGCGGAUCGCAGGAUGUGCGACUCGACGUGGACGCCCAGGAUGACGACGAAAAGUCAGCUCCGACUGACGGCGAAGAAAACGGAAACCGUUUAGCGGACGGCGGGGAAAGGAAUGGGAAGAGGGGAUUGAACGAAGAGGCGACAGCGGGCGCGGCUGGCCCGAGCCGCGUUGGGAAGACGGAGGAUGGCGAGAAGGCGCACGUGGCGUGGCGGCGAUUGGUGGAGGAGGCGAUGGAGGGCGGCGAGCUGGACAACGAGAAAUUCCUGGAGAAGAUGCGGCGACGACUGGACAGAAUUUUAGGCAUCCGUUCGCAAACCACGAGAAAGUCGGAGCGAGAAUUAAAACGAAACGUCGGUGUCUCUUUCCCCGGAGUGGAGGUGUGCUUUGAGGGCGUGAGUGCAUCCGCCAAGGUGCAAGUGGGAGCACGAGGCCUGCCGACUCUGCCCAACCUGCUGACUAACCACGCUGUGGCGGUGCUGCGGGGACUGCGGAUAGUGAAGGACCAGCGCCAGCUCUUCCUCGCCCUCGAUGGCUGCUCUGGCAUCCUCAAACCCGGCAGGAUGACGCUGCUGCUGGGGCCUCCAGGCAGUGGCAAGUCAACUCUCCUGAAGAUCCUCGCAGGGAAGGCAGAGAGGGAGCUGAGUGUGAAUGGCGAGGUCACGUACAACGGGCGGCGUGGAAAGGAGAUUGUGGUGCCCCGUUCGGUGGGGUAUGUGGCGCAGACGGACAGCCACAUUGGGGAGAUGACUGUCAGGGAGACGCUUGAGUUCUCUGCGCGACUGCAGGGGCCGGGACACAGGGCAGAGCUAUUUCGGCAGCUGGAGGAGAAAGAGAGAGAGGCGGGAGUCAAGCCAAAUGACGUCAUGCAGGCCGUUAUGAAGGUGAUGGCAGAUGAGAAGCAGUGCUCAGAUGUGGUGGUGCAAUACGUCCUCAAGAUGCUGGGCUUGGACGUGUGUGCUGAUACCAUGGUGGGGGACAGCAUGCGACGGGGAGUCUCAGGAGGCCAGAAGAAGCGAGUAACAACCGCCGAAGCCCUCCUAGGAGCAAAGCAGGUCCUCCUAAUGGACGAGGUCUCCACCGGGCUCGAUUCCGCCACCACUUACCAGAUCACCCGGUGCUUAAGGAACCUCACGCACUUAGCCAAUACCACCACUCUGAUCGCGCUGCUGCAACCCGCGCCGGAAACCUUCGAGCUGUUUGAUGACGUCAUGCUGAUGUCAGAGGGGCGGAUUGUGUACCAUGGGCCGAGGGAGGAGGUGAUGGGGUUCUUCCGGGAAAUGGGGUUUGCUCCCCCUGCCCGUAAAGGAGCUGCCGAUUUCCUUCAAGAGGUCACCUCGUUAAAAGACCAGGAGCAGUACUGGCAGCAAUCCCAGCCCCAGCCGUACCGCUACGUGUCCGUCCGAGCCUUCGAGGAGGCCUUCCGAGCCUCCAGGCUCGGCAAGCAGAUCGAGGCAGAGCUCUCCAUCCCAUACCAGAAGCAUAAGGGCGAGGAUAAGGGAAGGGGGGCUCGGGGGGAGGAGGACAAGGGAGGAGGGUUUAACGGAGAGAGCAACAGAGACGAUAAGGGAGAGCAACGGAAUACGGAUGGAUCUCUUGCACUUGCGAGGAGGCGGUUUGUGCUUUCGCCCCUCGCCACGCUCGCCAUAGUGUCGGAGCGCGAGUGGCUGCUGAUGAAGCGCAACCUCUUCCUCUACAUCGUGCAGACCAUGCAGAUCCUCCCCCUCGCUAUAGUCACAAUGACGGUCUUCUGGCGUUCCCAAUUUUCUGUCAACCCGCUGGAUGGCAACUUCUACCUGGGGGCCAUAUUCUUCGGUAUAAUCACCAUGCUAUUCAGCGGCAUCAUCGAGCUCACCCUGCUCACAGCCCGCCUGCCCAUCUUCUUCCUGCAAAGGGACAAUCUCCUCUUCCCCACCUGGGCCUGGUGUGUGCCCAUGGCGCUGCUCUCGGUGCCGGUCUCUCUGUGGUCGGCUGGAGUCUGGACGGCAAUAACCUACUACGGGAUCGGAUUCGCCCCGGAAUUCUCCCGCUUCAUUGCCCAGCUUCUUCUCUUCUUUAUUACCCACAUGGCGGCCUCAUCCCUCUAUCGAGCCAUGGGAGCCAUCUUCCGCAGCACCACGCUGAUCAACACCCUCGGCAACUUCAUCCUCGUGCUGCUCUUCCUGCUCUCGGGAUUCAUCAUCACCAAAGCCGACAUUCACAGCAUGUGGAUCUGGGUGUAUUGGAUGUCGCCGCUCACCUACUGCCAGAACGCUUUCUCUGCCAACGAGUUUCUCGCGUCCAGAUGGGAUGUGCCUUCUGUCCCCCCAUCUUUGAACACUACAGUGGGCCUUCAGGUGCUGACAGCUCGCAACCUCUGGACCGAGGGCUACUGGGUGUGGGCUGGUGCUGCUGUGGGUGUCGUCUUUGCCGCGCUCUGCAACGUGGUUACCAUCCUCGCACUCAAGUACCUCAACCCGUGGCCCAAGGCCCAGCCGGUGAUCUCCCAGCACCAGCUCGACGCUCGGGAGACAGCUCUGGCCGGCACCAACCUGGACUUUGCUUCCCGCUACGCCUCCAUCCGCUUGCGCACCCUCUCCCGCACCGGCUCCACUGCCAUUGACCGCUUCCUCGCCAGCGGCCGCUUCCGCUCCUCCAAGAGCCUUGCCAGACCUUCAACCUCUGCCCGCUCGUUCAAGAAUUCUUUUUCGGGCAAGUCGGCGGUUUCCCCUCGAAGUUUCGGUGCCGUAGGGGGAGGUGAUGGGGGAGAAGUGGGAGGGGAGGAACUGGGGGGCGGUUACAGGAGCCACAGGAGAGGUGUGGGGUUUACGGGCAGCAUGAGGGGUGUGGGGUCGUCAUUUGCAGUCAGUAAGAGGCGUGUGGGAUCGUUUAUGGGCAGCACGAGGGGGGAAGGGGGGGAAAUGGGGUCCAGGAGUGUGGCAGGGGGGAAGUCUUGGAGAACGUUUAGCAUUGCUGCUGCUGCUGCUGCUGGUCUUGGUGGUGGUGCUGCUGCUGCUGCUGCUGCUGCUGCUGCUGGUGACGAGGGUAACGGAGUUACUGCAGCUACUGCCACUGGCCCCAAGGGGGGGACGCGGCAGCAGCGGAAGAAAGCAGUUUCUUUCUUGAGCGAUGGGGAUGCGAUUGAUGGUGGGGGUGUGACUGCAGCAUCUGCAGCAGUCACCACAGGUGCCAAGGAGGAGAACCAGCGGCAGAGGAAAGCGGUUUCGUUCUUGAGCAACGGGGAUGCGAGCGAUGGUGCUGCUGCUGCUGCUGGCGGUGAUAGUGCGGGGGUGGCUGCAGUUACUGCACCUACCACCGCGGGGGGCGGAGAUGUGAAGCAGCGGCAGAGGAAAGCGGUCUCGUUCUUGAGUGAUGGGGAUGCGAGUGAUGGUGGGGGGGUGACUGCAGGAUCUGCAGCAGCCGCAGCUGGCACCACAGGUGAGAAGGAGCAGAAGCAGCGGCAGAGGAAAGCGGUUUCGUUCUUGAGCGACGGGGAUGAGAACGAUGGUGCUGGGGUGACUGCAGCGACUGCAGCUGCUGCUGCCACCACCGCAGGAAACGGGGAGGAGAAGCAGCGGCAGAGGAGAGCAGUUUCGUUCUUGGGCGAUGGGGAUGCAAGCGAUGGUGCAGGGUUGACUCCACCUACCAGCACCAAAAAAGCUCGUUCAAGCAACGACAGUCUCGAAAGAGGCGCUUCUGAGCCGCCUCAAAAGCUUUCAACAAACGACAGUCUUGACAGAAAUGAUCCCGAUUACCAUCCUGAUCUUGCUGCUGCUAAUGAUGAUGAUGAUGAUUAUGAGUAUGAUGCACCCGGCGUUCCCACCCAUGGUUCAGACAUGAGUCAGCAUGGCAUGGUGCUCCCCUUUGACCCCCUCACCCUCUCCUUCCACAAUGUCAACUACUUCGUCGACAUGCCUGCCGAGCUAAAGGACAAGGCCGCGCCGCCCAGCCAGCGGCUGCAGCUGCUGCGCAAUGUGUCCGGCGUGUUUCGACCCGGAGUGCUAACCGCCCUAAUGGGGGUGUCUGGAGCGGGAAAAACCACCCUGAUGGAUGUGCUUGCAGGGCGGAAGACAGGAGGGUAUAUCGAGGGGGAUGUCCGCGUGUCGGGGUACCCAAAAGUGCAGGAGACGUUUCUGAGAGUGUCGGGGUACUGCGAGCAGGUGGAUGUGCACACGCCGCAGGUGACGGUGCACGAGUCGUUGCUCUACUCCGCGUGGCUGCGACUUCCAGAGGAGAUUGAUCGAGAUGUGAUCAUGGAAUUCGUGGAGGAGGUGAUGGAGCUGGUGGAGCUGGACGUGGUGAAGGGUGCUCUGGUGGGGACGUCCGGGCAGGACGGGCUGUCGGUGGAGCAGAGGAAGCGCCUCACCAUCGCCGUCGAGCUGGUGGCGAACCCGUCUAUCAUCUUCAUGGACGAACCCACCUCAGGUCUGGAUGCCAGAGCGGCGGCCAUAGUGAUGAGGGCAGUGCGUAACACAGUCAACACGGGCCGUACAGUGGUGUGCACCAUCCACCAGCCGUCCAUCGAUAUCUUCGAGGCCUUUGAUGAGCUGCUGCUGAUGCAGCGGGGUGGCCAGGCCAUAUAUGCAGGGUCCCUGGGGAGGCAGUCUCGCGACCUCGUUCGCUACUUCAAGUCCAUCUCAGGAGUGCCACCCAUUCAGCCCGGCGCCAACCCCGCAGCAUGGAUGCUGGAAGUCACAGCACCAGCAGCAGCAGAGAGGCUCGGGGUCGACUUUGCUGAGCUCUUCCAAGAGUCGGACCAGUUCAGGUCCAUCGAAGCUCUGAUUGAAGAGUCGAGUGCCCCUCCGGAAGGGGAGCCGGACCUCUUCUUCCCCACGCGGCACCCCACGACGCCCCUCUCCCAGUUCGUGACGCACCUGUGGAAGCGCCACCGCAUGUACUGGCGCAUGCCCGACUACAACGGCGCGCGCUUCUUCUUCUCCUUCAUCAUGGGCUUCCUCAUCGGCGCCGUCUUCUUUGGCUUCGGAGACACCCGGGAAACUCCCCAGGAGAUAGUCAAUGUAAUGGGGGCGCUGUACACCGCGGCGCUCUUUCUCGGGUGGAGCAACCUCGGGUCGAUUCAACCCAUGCUGGCCGUCGAAAGGAGUAUUUAUUACCGGGAGCAGGGGGCAGGGAUGUACGGCGCGAUCCCCUACGCGCUCGCGCAAGGGGUGAUCGAGCUCCCCUACCUGCUUGUCCAAGCUGUGGUGUACUCGUUAAUAACAUACUCGAUGAUUCGGUUCGAGUGGACAUAUGACAAGUUCCUAUGGUACCUGCUGUUCCAGUUUCUCACUCUCCUCUAUUUCACAUGUUUCGGCAUGAUGACGAGCUCCAUCACCCCGGCUGAAGGGCUCGGAAUGCUGCUUUCGGCCUUCAUCUACUCCUUCUGGAACCUUCUCUGCGGCUUCCUCCUGCCGGCGCCGAAAAUCCCCGUGUACUGGAAGUGGUUUUAUUGGAUCAACCCUGUGGCAUGGUCUCUCUACGGCCUUGCUGCUUCCCAGUUGGGAGAUGUAACGACGCUGGUGGUGAGCACACCGGGCAUGCCACCACAGACAGUAUCGCAGUUCAUUCAGUUGUUUUAUGGCUUCUCCCACGAUUGGCUCGGCUACGCCACUGCUGCUCUCUUCGGCUUCUCCCUCCUCUUCUUCUGCGUCUUCGCCUACGCUCUCCGCAACCUCAACUUUCAGUGGCGAUGAGACAGCAAUGCCGUUUCAUCUGAUUCGACUUUUGAGUCGACUUAAAAGUCACCUCGAUGAGACAGCAAUGCCGUUUCAUCUUAUUCUUUUUAGCCGGUUCAAGAGUCAGCUGAUGCACCAGCAUCUCACUGCUGCUCUCUUCGCUUCUCCCUCUUCUUCUUCUGUGUCUCCGGAGUCUCAACUUCCAAUGGAGAUGAGAUGGGGUACUUACAACUGCCACUGCGGCACCGGAGGGGAUGUGUAAAGAUGGGAUAUGUACGGAUGGGGUAUGUAUGGAUGGGAUGUGUAUUUAUGGGUGGGAUAUCCAUGGAAGGGACAUGUAAGUAUGUAUGAAUGGAUGGGUAUGUAUGGAUGGGAUAUGUAUGGAUGGGAGCUGUAUAUAAGGAAUGUGUACGGAUGGAUGAAAUGGGGGGUGUGGGUAGAUGAAAUUGAUAGUGUAUGGGAUAUGUAUACCACUGUUGCCCUGUGGUUUCCCUUUUAACCUUUAACUACUAUAAUCUAAUCUGUUUCGCUUCUGCACU